CCUUGAGAUCAGUUAGUGUUUGGGAUGACAUUCAAGAUGACAGUACGGAAGCAAUGUAAACGCUUUACUUGAAUGUGAAUGAAAAAAACAUUAUUUGUCACUGAACGAUGUAUUUUGUUUCCGAUGAAUUUGGACAAGGAAUAGUUUGAAACCAGUAUAACUUCGUGUGUUCUGAUACAUGUUCUUUUUGUUAAGAUGGAAAAAGGGCCGAUAUGGUCUGAUCAUUCAAAAUUUCUACUUGUGUUCAGUUUGAUCUGGAGGCUGAUAUUCAAACAGUCUUUAUUCGUAGGCACUGAAGGCUAAAAUAUUGUUUACGCAUUGAGUUUUCGGGUAAAUACUAAAACUUUCACUCAAGGAACAUAAUUCUUUAAAAACUGUUUCUAAAAUUAUAAUCAAGUUGACUCUUGAUCACAAUGACAAGUCACUUAACGCGCAUGCAGUAUGAACAACAAAGGUUGAAUAGUUUGGGUAGAACUGGUAGCUCUUCUUCAUUACGUUCCAGUGAUCCUGUACGUGUUCCAUCAACUAUUUCAAUCCGCCCUGUAAAUCAGUCCAUAAAUCAAGAACCUACAGGAUCUGUUGUUUCAGGCUCUUAUAUAUCAUCUAAAUCCAGAUCACAAAUUGGGUCAGUUGGAAACGUUUACCAAAAUAUAAUGAAGAGUACAAGACAAAUGGAUCCAUGCGUUUAUAUGUCAUCAAAUAUGCAAACUGUGGAAAACGGAUCGACUGUUUUGGCUAGUAACAAUAGUAGAACUGGUAGCAUUUCAGGUUACCAGCCAUCAUUAUUAUUAGCAAAGUCAGCUCAAGGUACUCGUUCGCUCUACGCUCCUAGUCAUUUUAGAAUGUCAAGGAGCUUAAAAGCUUCCAAAGCUUCUCUGGUAACAUAUAAGAGUGGUAGAACAACGAUACAAGCUGAACAUCAUGAUCGUAAAGUCCAAAGAGAAAUAAAUUCAGUUAAGUUUGGUCGAGCAAAGAAACUAUAUUGGAUUGCAGUUGGAUUUUAUAUAAUGUUCUUACUGGUACUAUUUAUCGGUCUACUUAUCACAUGUUUACGGCAUGUUUAUAUGAAUAUAAUCUUAUCAUUAGAUAUUGGUGAAUUAAUUGGACCUUUACUAAUUGCGUGCUCAUUUUUAUUCUUUGGUGCUGGAAUGAAAUUUUACUACGAUGCCUAUCGACUUGGCUCUGAAGAACGUAAACUCAUAAAGUAUAAAGCAGCUAGUCCAUCUACAGUAGCUGUAACCACUGUUGACCAACGGGUGACAGAUGGAGAGGAAAAACUAGUCAGUGGACAAACAUCGAAAAAUGCUUUAAGUCGUGCUCCAAUUGGAUCAAGAACAACACUAAUUAUGCCUUAAGCUAGAUAGUAUGCUUGAAAAUAGUGUUGGACAAUACGUCAGUUUCAUUCAUUUUUUCUACUGUUCUAAUUUUCUUUCCUUCCAAUCGCUAUAGUAUGUAAUGCAAAAAACCUUUUGUAAAUUUGUAUGUAGAUUGUUUGAUCUCAAAAAUUCUAUUUAUGAUACAUUAACUAAAAUUGACCAAGAUAUAUAAUUGUUCAUGUUGAAGUUAUUUUAAUACCUACGGUCGACAAACAUGGAUCAGCAUAAAGCAUAUAUUACCAUUAUUAAUUUAAAAAAGACUGAUUAGCAGCAAUAAAAUUCAUUCUUUUAAUACUCAAUUUACUAGUUACAUACAAACAUAUCAAAUUUAUCCGAUUGACUGUAAUUAUCAUUAUGAGAUGUUCUGUGUUGAACACAGGCCACAAGAAUGGAUGUUGACGUUAAUCGGUUUCUCGCUAAGUGUUCACGAGGCACAACUCGUUAUCAUAUAAAAAAUAACUCUUUUACUAACUCAAUACUUGUUUCUAACUAUACGUCUUCAUAGUAUUAUUUACCUUGGAUUGGGAAAACUAGCACCAAUUAUUUUUAUCGUUAUUUGCAUAGAUUAAACGCAUUUGAAAUAAUUAUGUAUCUAUGGUAAUAUUUCUGAAUUGCAGAUUCAACUUUCUUAGUAAGCAAACAAG